AUGUUUUUCAUUUCCCAACUUGUUUGCUGUUUCGUCGGUGGGAACGAGCAGGGCUACAGCAUCGGAUCGGCGUCGUUGGCGUGCUUCCUGCUGUUCGGGGCUUUCAUGGACGAGUUCUCCGAGUUCAGCGGGAGGCCGUUCCGAACCGUGGAUAUCGCUGUACCGGAGGUCCUCAUCGGGGGCUUGCUAGGGGUGAUGAUGAUUUUCUGGUUCACGGGAUUGGCGAUCGCGGCGGUGGGGAAAACCGCGGGAGAGGUGGUGCGGGAAGUCAGGCGGCAGCUUAAGGAAAACCCGGGGAUCAUGGAGUACAAGCAGAAGCCCGACUACCGGGCGUGCGUGAGCCUCGUUACAGAGGCUGCUCUCACGGAGAUGAGGUUCCCCGGAAUGCUCUGCGUGGCGAUGCCUGUAUCGGUGGGGUUAGUCUUCCGAUGGGUUGGGAGCAUGACGGGGCGACCAAUGCUUGGAGCCGAGGCAGGACCUGAUACGUUUGUUUUUUUUUGGUUUAGGAAGAAGAUCGGACAGUGACGGACGUGUUCGUUCGCUGUCGGUGUUUGCGUCUGGGUGCGAGUUGUCUGUUGGGCGGGCCAUUUUCCUGUGUCUUUCAUGUCUUUGCGUUCAUCCGUCUUGAGUUUGCGUGCUGUUGUCAUCAGGCUGUUUCGGCUUUGGAUGGGGUCCCUGCCUGCCUCGCUCCCUUCCUGGUUUGAACGUUCUCUCCGG